GACCUGGACCAUGUGCAGAUGCACCUGGAAGAAGUGAGGUUCUUUGAUUUAUUCGGCUACAGCGAGGAAGCAGGAGCUUGGCAGUGCUUCAUGUGCAAUAACCCCGAAAAGGCAACAGUUGUGAACCAGGAUGGCCAGCCUCUGAUGGAAGGCAAGCUUAAAGAGAAGCAAGUCCGGUGGAAGUUUAUCAAAAGGUGGAAAACUCGCUACUUCACUCUGGCUGGCAACCAGCUGCUUUUCCGCAAAGGAAAAUCCAAGGAUGACCCCGACGACUGCCCCAUUGAGCUCAGCAAGGUGCAGAGCGUUAAAGUGGUGGCAAAGAAGCGCAGGGACCGCAGCUUGCCCCGGGCCUUUGAGAUCUUCACCGACAGCAAGACCUAUGUUUUCAAGGCCAAAGACGAGAAGAACGCUGAGGAGUGGCUUCAGUGCAUCAACGUUGCUGUUGCCCAGGCUAGAGAGCGGGAGAGCCGAGAAGCCACCACCUACUUGUAG